UCAGGAGGACUUCCAUCAGCUGAAAGACAUGACGGUCCCGACACAGAAGGAGCUUGUGAUCGAACAGGCCCUUUGUGAUGUCGGCUUUAGUUUGGUCGCCCGUCUAGCCAUGCAGACGAGGGUGCAAGUGUCGAGCACCGACAUUCGUCAACAUGCUGUCAGAAAGAGGACAGCAUCCGAAGCUGGACCUUCUCGACCGUCGAAGAGGCAUCAAACUUCAGUGCAAGUUCGAGCGGCACCAGCUCCAGUCGUCGCUUCAACACCGACUGAGGAAUCCGAUGCUUCAUCUGCAUCAGUUCCUGAGCCGAUCCUGGCACUGUCGGCCUCGACAGUGCUCCCUAUUGUGUCGUCCGAAGAAAGGGCGGCAAGGGAAACUACCGAAGCACCGUCGGUAGUUCCAUCAACUGAGGAGGUUCGGGUUGAGAUAGGAGAACCCGAAUAGUCUGCGGCUGCGGUAGUUGCUCCUUCAGCUGGGGUGCAGUCUAGUUCCAGCUUCUCCUCGCUUUUGAACAUGGGGCUGCUGACGAGGGAUCGGGGGAAAGCUUCGAUGACUUCGGUGAAAGAUGCAGCGUCAGAGGGCUGCAUGGUUCACUUCAACCUUCAAGUGCCUGGUGAUGAAUCGGCCCUGGCCAAUCCGACAUUGGCCAAGCAACUAUGGCAAGCCGCUCUUCUGUCGGUUGAUCGGGAGCACCUAAAGAAAUGGAUGGU